AUGGAUAUAACACUGACUGAUUCAAAUGUUCAGGUGAGCAACCAUAUACCUGAUGAUAUUAUCUUCUCUAUUCUCUCCAAACUUUCUCUCAAAUCUUUGAAGCGAUUCGAAUGCGUAUGCAAACCAUGGUCUCUAUUAUUUGAUAGCCCUAGCUUCAUGACUAUGUACCGCAACUAUUUCUUAUCCAAGGAUCAUUCUUUUUAUGAUGAUAUGUCUCUUCUCCUACAUUUGAAAGGCGAAAAUGCAUUAUACUCUCUUUCCGGUGAGAGAUUUGAGAAUAUGGUUAAAUUAGAUUGGCCAAAGCUUUCUCUGAGAGAUGGGAGAAACAACUACUUUUUUGACGUUUUGGGUCCGAUUAGUUUUAGCGGCACUCUUUUUCUCCAAUAUCAUUACAUUGGUGACGAUCGAAAAUUUAUCGCAUGGAAACCGACUACCACGGAAUUCAAGAUUAUUUAUGCUGAAUCUUAUAGAAAUUCCAACGUUUGGUCGGAUCAAUAUCAAGUUGGUUAUGAUCAUGUUAAAGAUGACUAUAAGAUGAUUAGGCGCACUCAUUAUUUUCCAACAAGUAAUCAUGGGAUUUCUUCCUUCUGGGAGAUAUUUAGCCUAAACAAUAAAUCUUGGAGGAAAAUCCAUGACUCUUUUCCUGACUCGUAUAUAUGCGGUGAAGAAGUGUACGUGGAUGGAGUGUCUCAUUGGUGGGAAAAAACGAAAACAUUUACAUAUUUGGAGUCAUUUGACUUCAGCAAAGAAUCUUUCAUUACAACACUCAUGCCCUCUUACACAGAUGAUGUUUUUGUUUUUAAUUCGAUCAAGUGGACGAGGAAGAGAAUUUUGACGGUGUUAAAUGGAUCUGUUGCGUUUAUAGUAAAUUUUGAGGAGACAAAUACAUUUCAUAUUUCAAUUUUGGGUGAAUUGGGUGUAAAAGAAUCAUGGAUUAAACUCUUUAUUGUUGGACCUUUAUCUUGUCUUAAGACUCCGAUUGGAAUAGGGAAGAAGGGAAAUAUAUUGAUCAGAAAGAAAGACAACAAACUAGCUUGUUUUGAUAUAAGUACCGGGACUAUUGAUGAGAUUGGUGUUACGACAAAAUCUCAUGGGAAGAUAUUAUUCUAUAAAAAAAGAUUUCUUUCAAAUGGAGGAAUAUAUAGUAAAUUUUCUUCUUGUUUUCACCACUCGGAAGCAAUAUGA